AUGCCGCCCAAGGCAAAAGUUGUCCCAAAGGCGAGCAAUCCAGAAACCAAGGCUGCCGAACCUAUUCCAGAGACGUUAGACGACCGCACGGCUCAGCGGUUUUACCAGACGAACCCAGUCGAGAAGCGAUUCGAAGAAACUGGUUUUCCAGGCCUGACUCCUGCCGAGAAGAAGACAUACACCUACACGAAGUUAAUUCAGCCGGUUGCCGAUCACAAAAUACCUCUCACGAAUAAAGCAGAGCGAGAAUACUGGAAACAAGUCACCAAGGACGGGCUACCCAUCCGCCGUCUUCGAAAAGGCUACAGCUGGGGCAAAGACAGAAACGGUCGCGAGAUUGGCACGUAUCAGCUCGAAGAUUUCGAGCAGUAUUCCGUCAAACAAGCCCGACUGGCAGCUUCAGACAUCCUCCACCGUCAAUUUGUCUGCAGACGACAAAAAGAGGUUGUGAGCGGCAGUGACGUCUCGACCGAAGAAAUUGAGUCGGAGAAACGCAGACGACAAGAUAUGGCCGCCUUGAGUCGGGACCUAUACGGCGAAAUCACGGGAUCGCUUUCAAAUGAUCCUGAAUGGGAUGAUGUGAUUCCCAUUCCCCUUAGCGAACCUGACGAUGCUCUCGCCCAAAUUGCCUACCCAGAAGACUAUGCCGAAGCCGUUUCCUACCUUCGCGCCGUAAUGGCUGCGGAGGAGUGUUCGCCAAGGUGCCUCCGCCUGACUGAGCAUGUCAUAUCGAUGAAUCCUGCCCAUUAUACCGUGUGGCUGUAUCGCUUCAAAAUUAUCCAGACGCUGAAGCUGCCUGUUCCCGAGGAAAUCGACUGGCUGAACAAAGUAGCGUUGGCAAACCUGAAAAACUAUCAAAUUUGGCACCAUCGCCAGCUUCUGCUAGACUACUAUUUCCCGAGUAUAGCCGACGACGAAGACACCAUCAAGAAACUAUCACGGACUGAGACACAAUUCAUCAAUAGUAUGCUCGAGGAGGACACCAAAAAUUAUCACGUGUGGUCUUUUCGACAGUAUUUGGUGGCAAAGUUGGGCAUGUGGAACAUCACAGAACUGGCAGCAACACAGAAUUUGAUCGAAGACGACAUCAGGAACAACUCGGCGUGGUCGCACCGCUUCUUCCUAGUCUUCUCUGACCCUAGCAUUGCUACCCCAGGUCUUCCGGCCACAGCGCGCGACUCAAAGGUCCCGGCUGCAAUCAUUGACAGAGAGGUGGAGUAUGCGAAGGAAAAGAUUGCAUUGGCGCCUCAAAACCAAUCUAGUUGGAACUAUCUCCGAGGGGCACUUGCAAAAGGUGGAAGAAGCUUUUCCGAAGUUGGUGAAUUCUCAGAGCAGUUUGUAUCCAACUUGGGUGAGGACAGCGAAGAUGUGAGAAGCUCUCAUGCAUUGGAUUUAUUGGUUGAUGUCUACGCUCAGUCUGGCGAUGUGAGCAAAGCUACGCUUUGUCUCCAAAGGCUUGGGGAGAAAUGGGAUCCAAUUCGUGAGGGAUAUUGGAAGUAUAGAGCGUCCGAACUGGCAGGGGCAAAAGCUUGA